CCUGUGACUGAACGAUCAGGUUCCAAAUCAUAGAGCAUAUAUACUUUCUUCUUACUCUCCUAAAAGAAGUGUUUUUCAAAAAUUAUUGAUCAUAAUUUAGUUCUUGAAGAUAGAGAUGGAUACCGAAACGGGUGAAAUGAUAGUGAAAAGGGUGAGCGUUCCGAUUGGCCUAGAAGAAAUGAUGGAAGGUCUGGUGAAAGAAGUACUCUUAAAAAAACCUGAUGAUAUUUAUUUUUUCGCUGCAAAAUAUUUCGCUCGACUUCUGUUGCUUAGAGAUAAGGGUCAAAAUAAAGUGACAACAAUCAGAAGUGCUCAGUCACUAACCGACCAACGGGAAAAAAGACCUCCAACGAAAAUUCCAGUUGUUGGAGUAACGAAACAACUUUCACGCCAAUUCAGCGUGAGGGGUGAGUCUCCUGCGAGAAAUUUCGAUUCCCCAAUAAUAUCCCAGAAACCCAAGAUGUACGAUAGAAACGAAUCGAAGUACAAGAGACGAAAUACCGGCCCUACUACUAUUCCCGAAAACCAUAUAAACACUGCAAUUAGAAAAAAAUAUUCGCGAAGCGUAUCAACAGAGAGAAAGAAAGAAAUAGUAGAUACGAACAGUAACAUACCGAAAAACCCGAUUAGGAAACGAAGCAUUACCAGAAAGGAAAACAAAGAAGUACCCGAUGAAUCCAAUCAAAAUCAUAAUAAAAACAAAAAUGGUGGUAAACAAAAUAACGUUUCGAAAGAACUUCAGCAACACUCCCGCCUGACAAAAAAUAUUCCAAUAACUGGAGUUGCAACUAGAAAGUUUUCAGAAGAAAAGAAAAUCUCUAAGAAAGAUGAAACAGCUGCAGUUACAAAAUCAAUUAUGGAAACAGGACAUGAUAUGAAUGAAUCAAUUCAAGGAAGGAAUGAAAGCUCCCAUGCUGAAACAAAAAUUACUCGACAGUCCACUCAUUCAACACAUGGAAACGUAGACCAUCAGCCUGUGGAAACCAUAACAAGCGGAGAAUCAAUCGGUCAAACAGAUAUUCUGCAUAAUAGCGCGGAAAAAAUUACAGAUAAAGUCAGUACUAAUGAAAACAACAUCGAAGAAACAACUGAAAGUGAUGAAAAUGUUGAGAGGAAGUUCGAUAAUUUACCAGAAAUAGAAGAGAAAAACACAACUGAAAUCAUCGAAGGUGAUUCGAAAACCAAUGACUCAUCUGAAAAAUGUAAAUCUCCUUCAGGCACGUUGGACGACCUAACGAUGGAAAGUGAAAAUGGAGAAAAAGGUUUUGAUGAACAUAGUUGUCCUAUAUCUGAGAAAAUCAAUGAAACUGUGAAAGAUUCAAUGGGUAAUUUAGAAACAGUUGAAGAAGUAAACCACACUCUUGCUGAAUUCAAUGAAGAUAUUGCACAUGAAAGCAAAAAACCAUUAGAAGAUGAUGUUACAGUUGUACGCGAAAAAAGAAAUACAAGUGAUCUUGUGAAUGAUAAAGAAGUAGAUACAGGACUUUCUGAUAGGGAAUUAGAUAAAGAUGGUUUUAACAGAGAUAUGGAACUUCAAGAAAAUACAACCGAGAAACUACUGAAUUUCGAUGAAAGCAAAAUUGAGAACUCUAAUAAAAAAAUUGAACAAGGAGAUGAUUCCGACAAAAUAAUUGAUGAAGAAAGUCAAAUUGAAAAUAUUGUUGAUGAAGGUUCUUCAUUCCAUGAGAUUGCGAGUCCAGUUUCAGAUAAGAAGAUUGAUGAGAAAAAAACAAAUGAUGGAUUGAUUGAUUCAGAAGUGAUGGAAAAUGAAUUAGAUCAUUCGAUGAAAGAUGUGAGUGAUCGAGAAAAAUCAGCGCUCGUUGAAAAAUCAGACGUUUCUGAGAAACUAGAUGAAAGUGAAGUUUCCACCAGAGGAACUAUCGAUUCUGUCUGUGGAAAUGAAGUUAUUGGAGGACUUGGGACUGAUGAAGUGGACGCAGAAAAAAAAGGAAAAAUGGAUGGUGAUAUUACUAUCGAUGGAGAAACAAGUGCGACAAACAAAUCAAAAGAAGAUGUUACUGAUGUUCUUGGGAGAAGCCAAAAAGAUGAGGAUGAUAGCCAUAAUGAUAGCUCAAGAAUCAUUACGGGUGAGAAUCCUAUAGGCGAUAGUGAAAAAGAAGAGAAUGCACAGAGUGAUCAAUUUUCACAAUUUGAGAAAAAUAAAGCUGAAGAAUCUCCAGAAGAAACAAUCGAAAAGAGAGAAGUGACAGGUAAUGCAACGGAUAUUGGAGGAAGAAAUACACAGUUUGAGGUUUCAAAUGAUCCUCUUCUGGAAACUGCGUCUCCAGAAUGUGAAAUAAAUGAGGAAGAUAAACAUGGAAAGAAACAUAACAUUUCAGAUACGAGCACCGGUCAAAAACAGUUGAGCAGUAUGAGCAGUGAUAAAAAUAAAAGUAUUUCUGAAGACGAUUUUACAGAGAAAAAAGAGAUAGUUGAAAACGAUACGAGUAAUGGAUCUGAAACUAUUUUGGAUCCUCAGAAAAUACCAGUCAAAAACGAUGAUGGAAAAAUCGAAAAGUCAAACGGUCUUAUCUCAAUAGAUUAG